AUGGCGACCUUCGCGAAGAAGGAGCACCAGUUCCUCGCCGAGCUCGGCCUCGCGCCGCGCAACCCGGGCUCCUUCGCCUGCGGCGCCUGGGGCGGCUCGGGCCCCGUCGUCACCACCACCAACCCUACCAACAACGAGGUCAUUGCUGAGGUCGUUGAGGCGUCCGUGGACGACUACGAGAAGGGCAUGAGCGCCUGCUUCGACGCCGCCAAGGCCUGGAUGGCUGUUCCUGCUCCAAAGAGAGGAGAAAUUGUUAGGCAGAUUGGUGAUGCACUGAGAGCAAAGCUUCAUUGCCUUGGCAGGCUUCUGUCACUCGAGAUGGGGAAAAUUCUCCCUGAAGGAAUCGGGGAGGUUCAGGAAAUUAUUGACAUGUGUGAUUAUGCUGUGGGGCUAAGUCGCCAGCUUAAUGGAUCCAUCAUACCAUCUGAACGACCGAACCAUAUGAUGAUGGAGGUCUGGAAUCCUCUUGGAGUUGUCGGUGUCAUCACUGCAUUCAACUUUCCUUGUGCCGUGCUGGGUUGGAAUGCUUGCAUUGCUUUAGUCUGCGGAAACUGUGUUGUCUGGAAGGGUGCUCCAACUACUCCAUUAAUCACUAUUGCAAUGACUAAAAUAGUGGCUAGUGUAUUUGAGAAGAACAACUUGCCAACUGCAAUCUUCACAGCUUUUUGUGGAGGUGCUGAAAUUGGCCAAGCAAUUGCUCUUGACACAAGGAUACCUUUGGUUUCAUUCACAGGAAGUACAAAGGUUGGUCAAAUGGUUCAGCAACAAGUUAGUGCAAGAUUUGGUAAAUGCCUCCUUGAACUUAGUGGGAACAAUGCCAUUAUUGUCAUGGAUGAUGCAGACAUUCCGCUAGCUGUGCGCUCUGUGUUGUUUGCUGCUGUUGGUACAGCAGGACAACGAUGCACUACAUGUCGUAGGCUGCUUCUUCAUGAAAGCAUAUAUCAAACAGUUCUUGAUCAACUUGUUGAGGUUUAUAAACAAGUCAGCAUCGGAGAUCCUUUGGAGAAGGGCACCUUACUGGGACCGUUGCAUACUACUGCAUCAAAAGAAAGCUUUUUGAAAGGCAUCCAAACUAUCAGAUCCCAGGGAGGAAAAAUCCUUUUAGGAGGAUCUGGUAUUGAAUCAGAGGGAAACUUUGUUCAACCAACAAUUGUGGAAAUUUCACCUGAUGCACCAGUUGUGAAGGAAGAAUUGUUUGGUCCUGUCCUUUAUGUCAUGAAAUUCCAGACCCUGAAGGAAGCAAUUGAAAUCAACAAUUCUGUCCCGCAAGGACUGAGCAGCUCUAUAUUUACAAGGAAACCAGAUGCUAUUUUCAAAUGGAUUGGGCCUCAUGGUAGUGACUGUGGUAUAGUGAAUGUAAAUAUACCCACUAAUGGUGCUGAAAUUGGUGGAGCUUUUGGUGGAGAAAAAGCAACAGGUGGUGGACGAGAAGCAGGAAGUGAUUCCUGGAAGCAGUACAUGAGGAGGGCCACUUGUACAAUCAACUACGGAAGCGAGCUACCUCUAGCACAGGGAAUAAAUUUUGGUUAGUUGGGUGCUCAGACGGAACAUGCUGCAGCUUGGAGAGAAGGUGUUACUGUGUUGAUAUAUCUGCAUGCUGCAGGAAUCUCUGAACCAAAAUUGCAACGCUGCAGUAAGGCUGUGUAAAUACAAUAAGAGAUGGGCUGAUCUCAUGUAUGCUUUGUAUGAGCCUCUUGGGAUGUUUAGCCAUCGGUGUUUAAGACUAUCAAUCAGUAAACUGUAAAAUUUGCAGCUCUGAGAGCAGCCUUUUUCGGAUGUAAUCCUCAGAAUGGACAAUUUGGAAUAAAAAUGAAAUCAAAUA